GAAGACAUUGCCUACCUUCAUCAGUCCCUCAAAGCCAUUCAUCCAGAAGUCACCGAAACCUCGCGCGAAGGACUCAAAAUAUAUUUCGCGGCACCUACGAUGGAUAUUGAUGCCUUUGUGGAUUUGUUUCUUUCAUGGCUUCAUUCCUCUUUCCCGGAUGUGAUUAUGGAGGGUGUUGGUGUUGUUCUCACCGAGAACAAUAUAAUGCAGUCCAUUGUUAAUGGU